AUGGCCUACCUCAGCCGUGCUGGCUCCCAACAAGACCGCAUCGCGGAUAGAUGGGUCAGGUAUGAGGACGAUUGGUCGGGCAUAUCGGAUACGAAAGAAAGAAGGAGGGUCCAAAAUCGCCGUAACCAAAGAAUCCUCAGUAUGGCGCGAUGUCACGGUACCAAAGGCCAACAGCGUAUUCCAGCUCCCGAAAAUUCCAGCUCUCUGGCACACUGGAGAUACGAGGACUCUAACAUAAGAGCCGUAACCGUCGCUAUUGAGAAACUCGGUGUUCUUAAUGCCGAACCAGAGCAUGAUGGGAUGAUCCUCCAACGUUUCGAGGCGUUUGCACAGCAGCUCUACAUAAUACACUCUCCACGAGUUACAAUCUUGCCGAUACUAUCCCAGUUCAACUUCAUCCGAGCUUUGCUGGCCAACAUGGACACCCUGGGUGUCUCGUCUAGGGAAAUGGGCCACAACGAUCUGUCUCCGUUUAAUUCGCCAAACUAUCAUCGACACCGAACUUCAACACAACUUCCAGACGGGCUACGACCAACAGAUCUUCAAUGCUCCACAUUACACCACCCAUGGAUUGAUCUUCUCCCUUUUCCCGAGAUGCGUGACAAUUUGUUCCGACGAGGCUUAAACUGCUUCAAUGAGGAAGAGCUCUGUCACGCCGUUCGUGGACGCAUUCCAGACCAUGACCCAGGCAUGCUUAUUUGGGGGGAAUCUUGGGAUCCAAAAAAUUGGGAAGUAACAGAAGCCUUUGCCAGAGCCUGGGGCUGGACCUUGACUGGCUGUUGGAGCCUUCUACGUUCUACCAAUGAGUGGCGAGCCCGACGGGGCGAGAAGCCGCUGUUUAGCCUUCCCACAUGA